AUGUUUCCACGGCCAGCUUGUUUACAAGGCCGGCGACAGCGCAAUGGCGCGGCCGAGGAUUGGCCUGCAUUUCCUAUGCGGCAACUAUUCGUCUUAGCGCUUGUUCGAAUUUGCGAGCCCAUUGCUUUCAUGUCGAUUUUCCCGUACGUGUACCACAUGGUUGAAUCAUUCCAUGUGACGGACAACGACCAGAAGAUUGCGCUCUACGCUGGCAUGAUCACCUCGUCGUUCACCUUUGCUGAAUUCUCCGCGGGCAUGUUCUGGGGCCGCAUGAGUGACCGGAUCGGUCGCAAGCCGGUGCUCGUCAUGGGGCUGGUGGGCACGGCCAUCAGCAUGGUGGCCUUUGGAUUCGCGCCCAACCUGGCCACGGCGAUGAUUGCGCGAGCGCUAGGCGGGCUGCUGAACGGGAAUAUCGGAGUGCUCCAGACAACGGUGGCGGAGAUUGUGACGGUCAAGGAGCACCAACCGCGGGCAUACUCGAUCAUGCCCUUCGUGUGGUGCCUGGGAUCGAUCAUCGGGCCGGCGAUGGGCGGUGCUCUGGCUCAACCCUGCGACAACUACCCGUGGCUAUUCUCGCGUAACACGCUCUUCGACCGGUUCCCGUUCCUGCUGCCCAACCUAGUGUGCGUCCUGGUGCUGGUGUGCGGCAUUGUGGUCGGGUUCCUGUUUCUGGAGGAGACACACCCGGAGAAGAAGCACCAGCGCGACCCUGGCCGCGAGUUGGGACACUGGCUGAUCAGCCAGUGCUGGGGCUCGCGCGUGCAGCUCCCCGACGAUUCCGACGUGGGGGUGGAGGAGACCAAGUACUUCGUCUAUGACGUGCCGCCUGAAUACGAAACUGCCGAAUCAUCGCCCUGUCUGCGCCCCGUGAGAGUGAGUGAGGGUGACGUCGGGUCAGAGUGCGACGUCGAGGGACAGAAACCGGCCGCGCCCAAGGCGUUCACCCGACAAGUCAUCUUCACCAUCGCGGCUUACGGCAUUCUGGCCUACCAUAGCGUGUCCUUCGACCAGCUAAUGCCGGUCUUCCUGAGUACGCCCCACUCCGACGACAAGAUUGUCCUGCCACUCAAGUUUACCGGCGGCCUUGGUCUGCCAACGAAGACCAUCGGCUUCAUGCUGGCGGUCCAGGGUGUCUACUCGAUGAUUGCCCAACUCUGGCUGUUCCCAUUCGUGGUCAAGCACUUUGGCACACUGCGCACGUUCCGCUUCGUCUUGUUGGCAUGGCCGCCGCUCUACCUGGCCGUGCCCUAUCUCAUCCUACUGCCCGCUAAACUCCAGAUGCCCGCUGUCUACGUCGCGUUGAUCAGCAAAAUCACCUUCCACGUUAUCGCCUUCCCCGCUACUGCCAUCCUGCUGGCCAACGCUGCUCCCACGUCAAAGGUGCUCGGCUCUAUCAAUGGGGCUGCCGCCUCAACGGCCAGUCUGAGCCGAGCCUUUGGCCCGACGGUGACUGGCCUGCUGCACUCCAAGGGUCUGGAGAGCGGGCACUCCGUGCUGGCAUGGUGGGCCUGCGGAUUUGUUUGCUUGGUCGGUGCCCUCGAAAGUUUCUGGAUGGAGGAGUCGCCCGAGUCUGGGCGCUUCAAGGGCCAGGACGCCGAGGUCAGUGAGGUGGAGCUCAAGCGUGAGGCCCUGUCUGAACCCUACGGUGGCCGGGAUUCUGUCUCGGAAGAAGAGCAGCGCCUGCUCUCGCUGCGGUCCAGCAUUGACCACGAAUUCGACAUUUCGAAGUUGGACUUGAACGCCAUCCACGACCUAUCGACCACCUCGGAGACUGAUCUCUCUUCCACUCCACGGAUCUAA